UUAACCUUUUAAGUUCACAUAACAGUUUCAAGUGUACUCUUCUCUAUCUGCAUAUCAAUGGAAAUGGUUACAAGGAUGGUUGCAGACAGGCCAGUGGUGAUCUUUAGCCGGAGCACUUGUUGCAUGAGCCAUACCAUUAAGACUCUCAUAAGUGGGUUCGGGGCAAACCCCACGGUUUACGAGCUUGACGAGAGCCAGAAUGGCCAACAAGUCGAAAGUGAACUGCAUAAGAUGGGGUGCAAGCCCUGUGUUCCGGUUGUGUUCAUAGCGCAGCAGCUUAUUGGAGGUCCUAAUCAAGUGAUGACCCUCCAAGUCAAGAACCAGCUUUCCCUAUUGCUCAUAAGGGCUGGAGCAAUAUGGAUUUGAAACAAGAAGUUACUAAUUUCUUUACUCUGAAAUCUAAUACAAUACUGUUAAACAAACUCGGUUAAUGACAUCGUCGCCGGUUAGGCGUUUUUGCCAAAAAAGAAUCCUUGUACACUGUUUUUGGUGAUGGACAGGGUCUUACUGUUGUCCUUGUUCUAAAUUUCAGACAAGCUUUAAUUUUAAAUUGCA